AUGCCGAGAUGUGACUAUGGCACUCGCCUUCCCUCACGAGCAGAUCCAACUCGUGCAUUGGCUCCAGCACAACCCGGGUCAAGCAGCUCGAGCUCGAGUUCCAGCUCUUCUGAUUCUGGGAACGAAGAUUGGAAAAUGUCUCUGCCGGCUAGCUUGAGAGGUGCUUCCCCGUUUCUGCUCUUUCGCUUGAUACUUAGUGCGAACGCAUGGCGCCUAGAACCACACGUCCGGCAACAGCACGGGUUGAGUUUUGCAUUCUUGUGUGCCGAAAGUAUUAGACUUCUACGAGAUAGAGUCGAGAAUGAAGGCGGAGAUAUAGGGGUGCGAGAUGAGACGAUCAGUGCUGUUGCUACACUUGCUGGCAUUGAGCAUGAAAGAGGAAAUACAAAAAUGCUAAGAAUGCAUCUUGAAGGAUUGAAAAGGAUGGUCAACAUCAGAGGCGGACUGAACGCCAUCCGCGAGAACAAUCCGAUGGUUGCAAACUCGGUUUUUUGGGCGUUUGCUGUUGCGUUGUACGAAGCGCCGUAUCCGAAUUUGGAUGCGGAGCUUCCUCCUUUCUUCCCCAACGAGCAUGAUCUUGCUCUUCCGAGUCCUGCUGUGGUUUCGAUAUUCCAGGACUUUGGACCAAUCCACGAAGAACCACCACCGUUGGAUCUGACCGAGUCUGGGGUUAAUCCUGGUAUAGCUGUGAUUGUAAAUUCGAUUCAACAUGUGUCCCAAUUGGUCCCCACAGCUUCAGCAUAUCCCACCGCUUCUACCUCUAUGGUCAUCUUGACUCGAAUGUGCACAUUGCUCUCACAUCUGCUGAGCUUACCCCGCGCUCGCCUCUAUCCUGAGAUAGAUACGAAUGCAACCUUGGCAGAAGCUGCAUUGAUUUCCGAAAGCGUGCGAUUCGCAACACUGCUCCACGUCUUCACUCCUUGGCGAGGACUCCCACCAGAUGGGACCUUGGCAAUCAACCACAUCUUACAUCAGCUGAUGGCUAGCCUGAAGCAACUCUUGGCAAAUGCCACUUCAAGAAACAACACCGUACUCCUUUGGAUGCUAACCGUUGGCGGUGUGUCUGCCGGUCAAACGCCAGAAAGAGCAUGGUUCGUCAGCCAUCUUGUAGAAUUGACAGAAGAAUUGAACAUCUCAAACUGGGAGGGUAUGAAAUCGCAUGUACGUCGUGUCAUAUGGCAUGAGAGGUUGUGUGAGAACUCGCACCAGAAGCUCUGGGAAGAGGUUAUGACAAAGAGGCGAGAGCUAGACGAUGGAAUGGGGGUUAACACAACAUAGAAUAGACAAUAGAAAUUGAGUAAUGAAGCAAACAAAGUUCAAGCCACAAGGCUU